CGAAGCGAAAAGCCUCACCCUGCGUGCAUCUACCACUAGCUAGCACGUCGCUCGCUCAGUACACAUAUAUAUUGGUCGAGUGAGGAGACGUCCAUCCACAGGAAGAUGGAGAAGGCCGGUAGCAAGGUGACAGUCAAAGUGGAGGAGCCGAACCUGGAGGGCCACGGCGGCGGCAGCAACUCUGCCGCGCCGGGAGGAGGAUCGACGGCCGUGCUGCCGCUCCAGCAGGGUGCGUUGUUGCCGGCGGACCGCUUUGCAGUUGUUCUGCCGGACAUCUCCCUUGGCGCCCCCGCAACCAUCACCGUCAGCAUCGGCGACCAUCGCAGCGAGGCGAAAGCCGCCGAGGAUAAACUCCAGAAGGUCAAGGCAAAGGGGCACGUUCUCAAGAUGGGUCCCUGCGGCGGCCCCCGUGGCGACGCCUGGAAGAUGGACGUGCGCGGCGGCGACCGCAUCGUCAAGGUAAUACUGUGGCAUGCAGGCGCCGUCGACGCCAUCUCGGUGUCUUACGAGCGUGACGGCCGGAUUGAGCAGACGGAGCACUGGGGAAAACUUGAGGGUCGACAGCGCUCAGAGAUCUGUCUGGAGCCGGACGAAUACCUCACCGGUAUGAAAGGGCAUGUGGGCGAGUUUGGUGGCUCUUUCCUCGUCGGAGCGCUUACUUUAGUUGGCAACCGGCGCUCCUUCGGACCAUACGGGACACGGAAAGGCCCGCCGUUCGAGCUGCCAGCGGCGGGCGGCAGGAUAGUUGGCUUCCACGGGCGCUCCGGAGGCCUCAUUGACGCACUUGGCAUUUACGUCGAAACGGACAACUAAACUCUUCUAUAUCUGUGAUGAUUGAUCCUACCAUGUGAACAGAUUUAGACGUCCGCACUAUUGUUAAUUUGGACAACCUAUCUCUUUUGUGAAUGUUUG